UUAAUGAAAAGUAAACGAAUCUGGGAUGAGAGUCCAAACAGAAGCGAUCUGACAUUUACUUAGCAGUCGUCCUUAGCCUGGGCUCAAUGGAACGGGCUGGCUAUGACAUCAGAGAAGGACUAUUUGUAUCGUCUGAAACUUGACCACCUCCCUUUACAUAAAUGACACCAAAUAGGUCAGCCCCCAGAGCGCUCCUAAAAAGGUUCUAGAGACGCACGAUCUGGCGUUCACGGCAGCUUUACCUGCAGACCAGAGGCCGGUACCUGGUAGAUUCGAUGGGGCGUGUAGAAAGCACGGCACAGCUCGCCUGACCGACACACAGUCUCUGUUCCCCCGAACACUGAGCGCAGUUAAGCCUUCAAAAGUGAGUCACUGCAAGGUGACAGCUAAUGCAAGCAGUGAGCAGGCUUGCCAGCAUACCUGGAGUCAGUCUUUACACAACCUCACGGCUACAGUCCGCUGUUACGGAAGUGUGUGUAACUCCCCCAUCCCACAUACUUACAACCCUCAGGUUAACGAUGUGCCUGGAUGACGGAUGUUUGUAUUUCUGAAACUUAACUGAACUACAGGUGUGUUUCUAAGCCCGCCGCCGACAGCUCGAUAACAUGGUGGCCAGAGACGGUGCCUUUCAGAUGCGAAAACGAGUGUUGUACAUUGGCAGCGCUGUGCCCCUGGAAACUUCGGAGGGGCUAGACGCCAUCCAGCUGCCGCUUAAAGAGCGAUACCCUUGUCACGAUGAACAUAACAUACAAGGGAUUGACGCUUACCUGUCGGUCUUGUCUGGUGGACUUCAGUUGGAGUAUAUACCGGAUCCCGAAACAGUUGUGUGGUUCCCGAUAUCCUCUUUGACGUUGUGUGCAGCCGUUAGGUGUAUACAUAUCGUUAACGGUGCUACGGGGGAAAAGUUACCAAAGUUUGUCAGCCUCAGUAACCCGGCCGCUCUAGGACCGAAUGCCAAAAAGCCGGCAAUAUUCACAGCUAUCACUCGACGGACGACCGGGAAAAAGGUACUUGAGUGCCACGGGUUCGUCUGCUCCUCACCCGAAGACGCCUUGGAUCUUGUCCAGGCCGCCAAGAACGCUGGCUUCAGAAGUCGAAACAACCGUGCUAGCCUUUACAGUUAUGUUGGCAGUCCUGGGCUUCCCAAUGGGCGUCCUAAUGCCCCGGUGCUUAGAAACGAGUCGUUCUCUUCUAGGUCAUCUUACAACACGCCACGCUCCGGGCUACGACUUGUUCCUGGCAGUCCCGUUCAUGGUAAAGAGGAACUUGCCCCAGAGUUUUUCGAACCCACUCCAUCCCAAGGCUACUUCUACACAGGGGGGACAAACCAUGUCAGGAGCUACACUCUCAGUCGGGUGGGUGGCGAUUCACCUCAGAAUCAACCUUAUGCUGCCUCAGAACACGCUGCCUCAACCCUUCCUAACAGACCCGGCCGGCGAGCUUUUUCGCCAGCACCACUACAAAGGCUUUCACCCAUUGGUACCGGCCAACGUCGGAUCAUAAGAUCACCACGCAUGUCUCCACCCAGGCGUUUCUUCUCACCACCUCCACCUCCACCUCCAAGCAAAAGGUAUGGUUAUGGAUUGCUUAACCGAGGGAGGGAUCCUCACGUAUUUAUGCCCCCUCCACCCAUCUAUGUUGACUCCCCGUACGGGAUCCCGAUCCGUGCAGCCGCUGGCCGGAGGGGAUCUGUGUCGUCUGGAGAGAGCCAGUCCCGUUCUCCGUCCCCUCACCCCAACGGAGAGGUGUCGGUCUCUCAUGAUCGUCGUCGUUCGUCUUCAGGUUCCUCAACUCUCCGACGUGAUGGUAAGUCCCAUCAUCACCAUCACCACCAUCACCAACACGCGGCCAACGGACACGGAGCCACCGAGUCGUCCAGCGAAGUGUCCUCCAGACCGCGGACCCCACCCGGGGACUACGCCUUUGUGAACCGCAUGAGCAGAAAGGACAGGCACGAGAACCAGAGAUACAAAAAAGCCUACCGAGGGAACAUAUCUGACGAUUUCCACACCCGUUCAGUCUAUCCAGAAUACUAUUUCUACGGGUAUACAACUGAUCCGCAUCAUGUCCGACUGGCGAGGCACCAAUCGCUUCCUCCACCCAUGCACGUCUCCCCGUCCAGAGGAAGACGAAUGAAGAAAGACAAAAGUAAAAAAAAGAAGAAGAAGAAGGCAAAACAGUACCGACAUUCCGAUGAUGUUUCUACCGACAGUUUUGAAAACAGAUCGGAAAUUCCGACAACCAUGUUGGACCGAAGUUACCCAAAUAUACCACGUGACUGGAGAAGGAGUCAAUUCACGAACGAAAGGGCUCUCACAAAGACAAUACUUGGAGGCUCCAGAAGAGGUUAUUUCUCCGAUACUACACCCACUGCCUAUGUUCUCAAUCAAACCCGUGAAGGGCCCCACGGGGAGUUGGGAUUUGACUAAGUUCACAUUCACUGAAAAUUAAAAUACAGUGUUAUACUAGUAUGUGGAUGUACCGAUUUCAUACCGGAGUCACGAGGCUCGUCUGAAGUAAAAUGUUUACGACCCGCGGACGUGUACUUCAGUCCCAGGGGAUUAUAAUAUUAUAUUAGCACAGCUGUUUGAUGUUGUUGUGAACUGUGGGCCACUGGGAAUGGCCCCAAAAGAAAAACGACAGAACUUGGAUAAGCUAAAACCCUUGGCUAUAGGGUGAGCAAUGACCCGGAUGUGGGUGUGCUGAAACAAAACCUUCUGCUAAUGAGUCGCUGAUGAAGACACGUAGGCGGAACUGCUCCUAAUGCCUUUUGUGUCAUAAUACCCAGUGUUAACCACAAACUUUGCCGUACCAAGACACACGAUUGUCAGGCGACAAAGCUUAACACACGUUAUCCUGACAUUUGAAUGUAUAGGAUGUUGCAUGUCAACUGCAUGGGGGGAAAAUAUCAUAAAUUUUCUCCACUACGUGUUUUGUUUCAGGUGACAAACCUGUGCCGAUUUCCCUGCCUUUUAUAGUGGUUGCGUAAUGUGAUUACCGUGUUUAGUGGAGCCAUGCGGUAACACUGUAAUCGUGCUAAGGUAAACACCUAUCCCUAGCGGUUGAAUGUCUCAUUCGGGCCACGGACAGCUAUAGCAGCGCUGCAUGUUAAAUUGAUCUGUAAUCCUAAUCAAGCUAUGAUGUACAAAAAAACCUAACACUUCCUGAUGUGCUUGCGGCUAUGUCAUAACGCUUAUCAUUGCAUCGCCAUCGAGAUCUGUGUGUUUUUAUGAGGAAGUGAUGUAUAUUACUGCCUUUAUCGUGCAUUCUAUCAAAGUGCAUACGUUUGACUGAUUUAUGUUAGGAAAAGCAAACUUGUGAUUUUUUCUUAGAUACGUUAAGUUGUUGUCAUAAACUAAUAACAUGUCCUUUUGUGUGUUUGCCUUCAUCAAAAGUUAAUUAAAUACACUUGUUUAUCGUCAGAAAACGUAGAGCCUUUUUCAAGACUCCAUAGUCGAAUGUUAUAGACCCCAUCUACAGUUUUUACAUAGAUAUCCCAAAUUGUUGACAAGCCAAGAGAUGUUAGCCAACGGUAUUUCCAAUUUACAUUUUAAAUUAGCAGAACUGUGAUGUCCACGGGUUACACAUGUAUACGGAAUUGUUUAUCUUGCCCUCAGCUUUUAUACAGGCUAGUUACAUAUUCUAGACAUGUAUGUCGUAGGUUGUGUUCAGAAUCUCGGGUUUAAGUCCGUGUUAGGGUUGGCAAGUACUUUCUUCCUCAUAGAUGCAUCUAAUACUGAAGCAAUGAGGCCUCCAGUCACCGCCAAAACCCCGUCUUUCUUGUUUCUCCAGUGCUAAUCACGUCUUGUAUUAUGCCAAACGUAGCCUGCCUCGUUUUUCAUUUCGACUUGCCUUUUAGCCAGUUACAGGGUUUAAACGCCGGGUAGAUUUAAAGGGGAGUAAAGAAUUUUUUGCUGCUCACGAUUUUCAAGUGGAGCUGAGUAUGCUGACCCUUUAACUAUCACGUCGCAGGGCUUAGUGGUUACCCGGUAGGUUAGCAGGAGUGGGGUUGUCGCUGACGAUCUUAAACAACAUACAGGCAAAAGGCUGCUUAAUAACAAGUGAAGUCAACAACCAUGGAGACAUUGAGACGGUCAAACUCAGGACCUAUAUGAAUGCGACAAAAGCAGCCCCUUUAUCUGAUAACCAGUAACUUCUAGGAUUAACACAGUCUGUUUGACAUCCGUAAACACCUAGACACUGGUAAUGCCCUGUUCAGCUGAAUGCAAUAGUCAACAGCUUUCUAUUUUCCUUUUCGGACUUGGGUGUGCUCGAUAAAAUCCAGCCCAAAGUUCACUCUUAGAAAAAGUUCACAGCAAGAAUGUUUUUAAAUCUUGCCUUUUAUGUAAAAACAUUAUAUUAUUAUAAGUAAUUUUUGCUUUACUGAUGACAACGAAAUGGUUUCUGUUUUGUAAUGAUAUUUAGUUGCAAUAUUUUUAUUUACCUUGUAUGGGGAACUUUGAUAGUGUAUGCACACUUCCUUAUACGGUGUUUAUUCCAUCUUUGUGUUCAGCUUUGCGAUGUAAUCAACGUGUAUUGUAAAAAUAUUACCGUAAAUAACUUGCACAUCUACCCUAUGUUGCAUAACUAAUAUAUAAAAUACAAUAUUUGGUGUCCAUAACCGAAUUCUUGAUGCACGCCAUCUCUGACAAUAAGUUGUGAACAGCCAGUGAAAAGAAAAAGUGAAAAUCGAAAAUACACUAAUUGGUUUUUAUCGAAAGCUGCCUCCGUAGACACGGGAAUUUGACCUCUUUAUGUCAAGAAGCAUAGAUUUGUUCUGUACCUGAUGCAUCAACCCUGCUGCUAUACACACGUCCACGCAAAUUAGUUGCUCUCAAACAAUUCAUCGGUUAAUUUUAACAGAAAGCUGUUGUCUGAGUAAUUCUAGAAUGCAUUCUGUUGUUAGGACAUAAUACGGUCGUAUAUUCAACUUUCUAGCACCACCCAUAUAACAAACUUUCUGUUAAAGUGAACAGAUUAUUUGUUUGAGUGUGAGAACUUAUUUCCACGGCUUAAAGAAAUCUUGGCAAGAAUAUUGCUGAUGAUUAGUCGCUUUUCAUGGCUGCUACGUUGCCAAUCUAUUUUUGCUGCUUAUUGUCUUUUAAUGGUAUGCUAUGUCAUCUGAGAUAACAUUCACAAAAAAACUUUUUUAAUACUUUUGUUUCUGAAAGCACGUAUAAGUCAAAACAAUCUACCGGACAAAGUUGGGGAAAUUUAUAUUUCGAAGUUGAUAAAAUUAUUCCAGGGCCUUCCAUUCCUCCUAGGAUAUAUUGUUCUCUUUUCCGUCGCACUCGUUACAGAUGGACCGUGAGAUAUGUCAAAGAAUUGGCGUAUCAUACUAUCAAGCCGCUAGGACGCAUUAUGCGGCUCUUUUGAGAGUGCAUGUAAUUUUUUUAAGA